UGUAUUCAGUAAUACGUAUUCUGUUCUAGAAACCGUGCACAAUGGCAGUUAUUUCAUUAAAUGUCUCAAACAUCAACGUAUUGAAACAUUGUUACCAAAAGUUACAUUAUUUUAGAGCAAAAUGUGUGUCUUGUAAUUAUAAGACUAUGUACGUUCAAAGUGCGCAUUUAUGGGAACAUACAUCAGAACAGCAUAAGGAAAUUGUAAAAGGCGAUGUAUUUAUAAAAUCUGUAUUUCAUAAAAUGGUUUCGUACUUCGACUAUAUUGACGAAACAACCGUAAAAUGUAUUAUAUGUGAAUUCACUUUACCAAUAAAACGUUCCAAUGUACCUUAUUCAUACAAAACCAUGCGCACGCAUUUAUCAGAACAUUCCGAAAAAGAUCGGACGAAGUAUCAAUAUCGCAUCCUAGAAUGGAAAUAUUGGAAAAAAAUUGGAACUUAUCGUGUACAAUGCAAGAUUUGUGAUACAAAGGUAAACAUGAAUAUUUCACCGAAUGUGGAAAAUCAUAUAAAAAAACAACAUCCAGCCAUAUGGCAGACUGUACAAGAUCUAAAAUUAUAAAAUUAAAAGUAGAACCUAUCGCGAGUGAAUUAGGGGAUGAGUUGGAGAAAUUAUAUUUGACUAAAAAGCGUGCCUUUGUUAAAGUCGGUGAAAAAAAAUGGUAUUUACCGUACGGAUACGCCAAAAACGGCGACAAGUUAUACAACUUCAAGAUCCAUCCGGAUGAUACAUGGAUUGUUACGUAUCCUAGAUCAGGUACAACCGUGAUGCAAGAACUCACAUGGUUGGUGGCAAAUGACUUAAAUUUCGACGAGGCGCAUCGAAGGACUUUGUUAGAGAGAUUUCCUUUUAUCGAAAUUAGUGUACUAAUAGAUAACCACACAACUGCGGAACGAAAUCAUGCAGAAGGGUCAAUAAAUUAUGUGCAAGAUCAGCCUUCGCCGCGUUUCAUCAAGAGUCAUUUGCCCCUCGAACUACUGCCAACAGUCGUAAACAGCGAUUGCAAAAUCAUUUAUGUCGCGAGGAAUCCUAAAGAUGUGGUAGUUUCGUGGUACCAUUUCCAGAAACAUCAGGAACACUUGCAGUAUGCGGGAACUUUCGAGCAUUUUUGUGAUAUGUUCAUCGCCGAUCAUACGAUCUAUAGUCCAUAUUGGGAGCAUGUAAAAGAAGGCUGGGCGAAAAGACACAGAGCAAACACUUUGUUCUUCUUUUAUGAAGAUUUGAAUAAAGAUUUGCCUGGUGUUAUCGAAAAGGUUGCUACGUUCUUCGGCAAAAGCUACAGUGAAGAACAAAUCGCCAAAUUAGUGAAACACUUGAAUAUAGAUAACUUUCGCAAGAAUCCUAUGGUAAACCAAGCAUCACCCAACAACAAUAGGAUGAAACCGGAAAAGUUUAUCCGACAAGGAAAGACUGGCGGCUGGAAAGAAAUAUUCACGCCGGAGAUAGAGGAAAAGUUCAACAAGUGGAUCGCUGACAACUUGAAGAACACAGAUCUAACUUUUCCCAGUUAGAUCUACUGCACCAGCAAUAAUGUUUAUAAUUACUAAAUAAUAUAUCUAUAUACAUUUUAUUACAUAAAGUUUGGUGUAAGAUUGA